UAUUACGUAGCUCAUAUGCUAUUUCUCUCUGAUCCAGCUCGUGACAAAAAUAGAACAUAACAUGUGUCUGUCAAGUAAUGUAAAGAUUCAUAAAACGGAACCUAAAUACAUCAAGGUCAAUUCUGGAAAGUUUAUCUGAGAUGUGACUUUAUCCUGUGUACGUAUUUAUAAACAUUUGACCUUAUCGAUUUGAAAUUCUGUAUGAAUCUUUAGUAUGUGUGCAUGCUAUUAUACACUCCGAUAGCUAGUGUUUAUUCCAGAUGCCUGUGGUUUAUUCAGACAUUUAUAUGAUGUGUAUGCACAUGAGCAGUUAAGGUCAUCUUCAUAUAUAAACAGUAUCAUAUUCGUGAGGAUAAGAUGGAACAGUUUCUGGCUUCCAGUGAAAGGGCCGCGACCCUUUUAGCAGGAUGCCUUGGAAAGAAUGGGGUUUUAAGGGAUCCGGAAGUUGCGAAAGAUAUGUGCGCGCAGAACAAACUUCCGGUGUUGUUGGCGGUCAGCGGACGAACGGUGGAGGCUCAUCGACUUUUGGACAGGAUUAAGCGGGAUUUCAUGCAGGAAAACGGUGACUUCCUGUCAUUUCCGGAUAAAGAGGGACGAGACCGGAAGAGCGGCAGUUUUCCCAUGAGUCACUUCUGGUCCUAUAUGAAUGUGUGGAUCACGAUCGGGGCACAGAAAAUGGAGAGGUUUGACAUAUCCUAUCCAGCAUACGCUUAUUGCAAGCGUUUCUACCACCCUGAGCGGCAGAUGGUCUGUGUGACAGAGCCGUUUGCUGAGGCGACGGCGGAAACCACUGUCGAUAUGCUGUCCACGGCACAUCUUGGAAAACUGGCCCUUGUAAUGGCAGAUCUUGACAUGGCGAAGAACUGUGGAGAGGGACUUCUCAAGUUUAUGAGCGCCCAGCCUCGCAACGAUGUGGAAAUCCUACUGAGAGCUAAUGCUACUUCCGGAGAAAUCAUAACCGAUCCGCCAAACGACAUGCAACCGUUCUAUUCCGUGAAACGAGACUCUCCGAAGCAGUUGUAUUUUUUCCUUGGUUACCAUGGUAUUUUUAUGAUAAAGCUGUUCAAAGCGACGAAAGACGAGCGCUUCCUCAACAGUGCAAAAGAAAUCCUGGACUUUGCCCUUACAUGUCAUGAAAGCAUGUGUACCUUUAGCUACAGUCACAAGGUUGCAAUGGCCGCCGCGUUGGUUGCUGUGGAAACCAAGGAAGCUAAAUAUAGACGGCUUGCGAUUGGUUUAGGGGAGUAUUUGGUUUCGAUUCAGGAUAACGAAGGUUUUUAUGGCUCGAAAGAUUUUCAGCCAAUCGAUAAAUAUGACCAGACCGCGGAAAUUGGAAUAUGGUUGAGAGAAAUUCCCGGCGAACUUGGAAGAAUAAUAUAGAAAUCAGUAACUUUUUGGUGCAUUUUACUGCCUUAUAAAAAUUGUCCAUUCCCCCCAUUUUUUCCCCAAUUUCAUAGAUACAGAUUAUUUUAAUAAAAAAAAAGCAAUUAAUUUCUUGAAAAAUAAUCAAAAUCUUGAUAAGACUGAUACUUUAACAGCACAAUGUAUGGAAAAAAACUUGUAAAUUUGCCAUUAAAUUAACAAUUUUGGCUCCAAAGUCAAUCUUUUCCAAAAAUGCAAGGCAUAAGCGGUGAAAAUAAUUUCAAAAAUCCCACUGGAAUUCGUUUGAAUUACAAAAAUGUUAAUACAUAAAAAUGCCAGUUCAUGAUCUAAAAGCUACAUUCUCGGAUUUUGCCAGUAUAUUUGCUUAUAUCCAUGAAUAAAGAAAGAA